ACAAGCUUAACAGCUAAGCUAAAUCACGGUACAAGCCGCCCAAAUUUAGAAACAAAACAUGGCCAACCCAGGCCAUUCUAGAAUCUCCCAAUAGCCGUCGACAUCAACGCCACCAAGCAGAAACGUCGUUGCUUCUGUAUCCUCAAUCGCGAAAAUGAGCAGAGGAGCAGAGAAGGACGAAGCUGUCUCGAUCACCAUCUCCACCUCCGCCAGGAGAGACGACGAGCAGGUUUUUGAUCGCCAAUAUCAUUAUGGUACUUUCCAAGGAGUCAACACUUCUCAACAACCGUUUUCUUCUCCUCCACCUCCGCCGUCUCAGCCGGUCUUCGGUUUCCCUCAACCCAUACCUCCCCCUGGCACCACCAUUUCUCCUCCUUAUUGUUAUCAUCAUACUUACCAAGGCGUCGUUCCCGGUUAUGCUGUUGUCGAAGGGAUGCCUAUAAGAGAGCAUCGGCUGCCUUGCUGUGGUAUUGGAAUUGGAUGGUUCUUGUUCAUUUUUGGCUUUUUCUUUGGUGCCAUUCCCUGGUACAUUGGAGCUUUUCUUUUGUUGUGUGUUCGAUUGGAUUACAGAGAAAAACCUGGUUUAAUCGCUUGCACAUUGGCUAUGACUGGACUUUUGUCUUAUUUGUCCUUACUAAUGCAUGACACUCUUUGGUGCUUCUCUUUCUGCUGGAGCUUUUGAUAUGAUUUAUUUGUGUGUCGACUUUUUAUUGCAUUGAGACAUCAUGCAAUCUCAGUCAUAGUAGGGCCAGGUUUUGUAUUAUUGGAGUUACAUUUAUAUGACAUCAAAUGUUGUUCCCUACAAGUAAGUGAAAAUUAUUAGAAUCAUAGAAAUGAGGAUCAUAAGGAUGAGUGUGAAGGUCAGUUGUUUGGUUAACAAAUCAGCUAUGCAUUUGGGCCAUGUCUUGUUGGAAAUGUCUCAAGUUUUAUCUUUGAACUUGUCAUGUUCUCUGCAUCUCAAGUCUUGUUACAAUCUUAUCAAAGUAUUUAUUUCUCUGAAUUUACAUAUUAA